AUCACAGUGUCUACUGCCGCAGCAGGAUUGACUAGUAAGCGCCAGAGGUAGUCCCUGGUCUCUUAGUGGUUUACGGAAAUGAGUUCACCCUGGUCUCAUUCUGUGAAUAGGAAUGUUGACCCUAUAGAACUGAAACAAUGUGCCUCAGGUUCCUUUCCGCCAUUGUGUCGUCAACCAUUGGCGACCACUCGUUUAGGAUGGCUCUGAUCAAACUUCUUUAUGAGUUGGCAAUACCAAUAUAGCCCUCUGUUUCGCAACUCAACCCCAAAAUGAUUUGUCUUGAUAUUUUUGUACGCGCCGGCCUCUUUCCUGCGGCACACUCAUAUACCACUUAUUCAAUCACCCGUCAGUACCCACAGCGCGGCGUCUUCAGGGCUUUGGCUACAGCUCGUCUUAUCAAACUACUUGAGGGAUGGAGGCCAGAAAGAUGCCUGAUAGUCGUUGUUCUUCCGUCGUGGGUAAUUUCGAAGCAUUGCGAGUUCUCAAAUGGAAGGUAUAAAAACGGCCCUGAUGUCCGGCAAAAAGGGGAAUUUUGAGCAGCUCAACUCACCAAUCAACCAUCGAACAACCAAAGAUAAACCCAUCCCAAUACACCUUAUUUUCUCGUUUUGUCCCUAGCCUUCAACCGAUAUCGGGAUGGCUUCCCGUACCUUUUACCUGGCCACUUGCCGAAAUGCCCCCAGUCAACGCAAGCACUUUGGCAUUUUUGUUCCUUUCGCCGAUGACCCCCAGAUAGGCACUAUUAUUCACGUCGUGGGUGCCCCGAUGGUUGGAUAUGAACUGCAGUUCAAACGGAACUAUAACCCGUCAAGCAGUCAAUCGUCUUAUCAACUUGUUCCCAUCGGCCAAGUGUCCGCAGCCAACAUCGUCGAAUCCCCUAGUGGGCCGACGACAAUCGAUAGCAAUGCGAAAGGCAUCAUGGAAACCGUGGCAACACAAGUGCCGCCGCCUCCAAUCAGCCAGAAUUUCUUGGCGCCUGUUGACGGUGUGUUCAACAAGAGAUGUCAGGAGUGGACUGUCGAAUAUGUCGAUCGGCUGAUCUCCAGAAAUAUCAUCGACGCCGGGGCUCGCAAUGUCGUGCAGGCCCAUCGCGAUCCUCCUGACCAUGGAGUUGGCCUGCAGUCUGUUGACAGGGGUAGGGGCCGUGGUGUCUGA